GCUGAGUGUGGUCUGCAGCGGGAGCGGCAGUCAUGUCUGGCAGAGGCAAGGGCGGGAAGGGGCUCGGCAAGGGCGGCGCCAAGCGCCACCGCAAGGUGCUGCGCGACAACAUCCAGGGCAUCACCAAGCCGGCCAUCCGCCGCCUGGCGCGGCGCGGCGGCGUCAAGCGCAUCUCGGGGCUCAUCUACGAGGAGACGCGCGGCGUGCUCAAGGUCUUCCUGGAGAACGUCAUCCGCGACGCCGUCACCUACACCGAGCACGCCAAGAGGAAGACGGUCACGGCCAUGGACGUGGUCUACGCGCUCAAGCGCCAGGGACGCACCCUCUACGGCUUCGGCGGCUAAACGCCCGUUGCGAACCUAACGCUGUUUAAACACCAAGGCUCUUUUCAGAGCCACCCACACAUUCACAACGAGAGCUGUUUAUUACUGAUGUUUUAGCGAAAACGGUGUUAUUAAAGUGCCCUCAAAAUCACAACUACUUAUCAACUAUAUAUUAAGCAUAUUAUGAAGUGGUAAAAAAAAAGUAAUCAGGAAGGUACAAGGGACCUUAAAAGCUGCAAAUGUAUUUUUAAACACAGUUUAAAGAUUUAAGAUUUUUACCUAAUACUUUAAAUAAUUCUGGAAUUAAACAUUUCAAGAACAUGAAUAAACAUUUUUGCUAGUUAAA